AAGUAAAAUUGGUGUUUAGCAUUUCUAAGCUAUUAAUAAAUGCUUUUUAUGUCUUGUGCUCACAAAUGGAUCCAAAAAUUCUAGUGAUUAGUGUCCUUGUCACAAUAUAUUACCCCAAUAAACUAGAAAUUUCCUAUCUAUACUUUCUUGGCCGCUUUCCCCAUAAGCUACAGCUACUCUACUCUUUUGCUUCUAUUCCCCCCUUUUUUUUUCUCUUGGCUAGGUUUUUCAAUUUCCACCUGCACCAGAAAUAGCUCUCUAAUUAAUUCCUAUUGCUGUUAAUGGCGGACUGGGGACCAGUGCUGAUAGGAGUUGUACUCUUCAUAUUGCUACAACCUGGGCUUCUGUUUCAGAUACCUGGUAAUAAUCGUACUCUGGAAUUUGGGAGCAUGAAGACUAAUGGAAAAGCUAUUGCUGUUCAUACUCUUAUUUUCUUUACGCUUUAUGCUAUUCUCAUUCUGGCUGUUCAUGUUCACAUCUAUACUGGUUGAUCCUAUAUAUAUACUCCAGAUCUUCUCCAAAUCUCCCUCUAAUGCUAGUACCAUUUUCUUGCUGAAGUUAAGAUCUGUUUGUUUGUACUUUGGUUUUCAAGAGGAAAUAUGAAAAAAAAGAUUUUAGUCUUUGAAAUUAAGUGUAUUAAUUUAUAUAUGCCCUAUUUAUUUG